AAUACAUUUAUCUCUUAUCUAAUACAGCAGUUCGGUAUUUGGCCAUUGUCGUUAAAUAUAUGGUCGUCUUAUCUUUUACCCUUUAAAUGAACGCAUUGUUUUUAAAACAAUGCAUGAUAUGUUGAGAGGGCGCUGUGUUUUACCAAUACAAACGACACGUAUUACGGGUACGUCGUUCAUACUCCAGUGAACGCCGCCGUACUUACAGCCUCUUCAACCGAAGAAAUGUCAAGAUCUUGAUACAUCCCAGGCAAAAAAUGUUAAAUUCUCUCGCUAUUUUGUGAUGGGAAUCAUCCGUGUUCCAACAAUUAACAGGACACUUCGAACUGAUUCAUGUGCAGGUGGACUUGUGUGUGAAGUUUAAACAUUAAAACUGGAGAAAAUUUUCAAACCUAACGCUCAGGGGGUCGGGAACCUGUCCGACACCCUCAUGCGUGAUGUCCGUCCUUCAGUGUCCGUCGCUGAGGGGAAAGUCCAAGACAUACCUGUCACGUUCGCUGAUAUUCCGAGACUAAGUGGCCCUGGUGCUGGAGGGAGAGUAUCCAUCAUUGACGGUCGGUUAUCUGCCCUGGAAAAUGCCGCAAACACCCGACCUGGGAUCUUAGCCCGUGACAACAGGUCGAGACUGUCCAUACACACGAGGGACGUUAAGUCAAGGGCGUCAGUGGUCACUCGAGAUGUAAAAUCACGUGCGUCCUCCGGCGGCCGACAUAGGGAUAACAGCGCAGGUUUCUUCAGAAAGGGGCGCACUGACCUGUCAUCAGCCAGCAGAGAGCUGUUGAGGAAACGCCUAUUUACUACUGCGGAACACAUGAGAAAGGGUCAAAGAGUGAACAGGGUACAAGUCACAGAUAUAAGUUUCGACGACAUUCCGGACCUCGGGUUGGAAAAAGGAACUGGAGAGUUGGGCCAGCUAUUUACUGUUUUGCGACCUCGACCCGAAACAAUUAAGAAUUGGCCAGAUGACGUUCUGUCUCAGCGGUUUUACUCUUCCCAUGAUCAACGUCACGCACUUCCGAAAUCCCUUGGGAGACCUGGAAAAUCAUCCAGAGGCCAGAGCGAUGUGAUGUCUCGUUCCGGGUACAGUGUCAUCACGGGAAGGACCGGGGAUACUGUUGCUAGCGCCACCUCGUGUCGGGCUGUAACGAGCGCCACGUCUUCAUUAUCAGAGUAUCCCACCGAAAAACGAAUGCCACAACUGUUGGAGGAAUUUUACACGGAUAAAAAAUACUUGGACAGAUUUGUAGAAAAUACUGGACGAGGGUCUGACGAGAGAAUAUACGCAGAGAGAGGACGUACAUUUCUGAGUAACAGGGCGAACUAUUGGGCAAAACGCGGAGAUUUACCUGCACGGCCUCCUGCAACUAACCUAGGUCUGCGUCUGGCUCGGGAACGCAGUACGACGGUUUUCUGACAGGCAUCAUAACAUAGAGUGACAAAGUGAACUUAGUUACAUGGACUUUUUAGGAAUUAUCUGUAAACUUUAAAGAAAUAUAUUGAUAGGUACACUUGUUAUGUACAAGUCAAUGCAAAAUAUAUGUGCUGCUCAACUUAUCACACAAACUAAUAAAAUAACUCAAACAAAAUCCGGAAUGGAGUUAUUCCUCUUGCGUACCGCCGGUUAUUCAUAAACAAUCAUGCAAAGGUUCUUAGAGUUCCGCCCUUGGUUUUCGAGAAAAAUGUCGCAAACCUCGACGGCGGAGGGAAG